GAGGAAAGGGAUAGUUUAGUAAAAUGUAUUCUCACGCGUCAUUGAUGACGUGUGGUAAAUCAUUUGUUUUAAUUUUAUCUGAUUUAUUCAUUCUUCAUUUCAAAAGUUGGAAAUUGGAAAUUGGAAAUUCGAGAACAGUCGUCUAAUUCGAAGCCCUAAAUUCCCAAAUGAAAGUGACGGAGAUGUCGAAAACCGACGAACCAGUCGUCGGAGUUCCAUACUAUGCACAUCAGAAUCCCUAUCAAGCUGGAAUGAUCCCCCCAAACGCCGUCUUUGGGGACCCUAAGGGUGUUCCGAUUCAGCAGACCAUUUACCGGGACACUCCCGCCCCUUUCAACUGCCUCUACUGUGGUAAUUCUGGUCUCACAACCGUCAGAUCAAAGUUAAGUCUGGCAGCUAUUAUUGGCUGUAUGAUGCCAAUGAUGCUUGGAAUUUGCUUUCUUUGCCCGUCAAUGGAUUGUCUAUGGCACAAAUAUCAUUUUUGCCCGAGCUGCAAAGAGAAGGUUGCCGACUACGAGAAAUUGGACGUCUGUGCUGUGAUGGAUCCUCCUCACUGGACGCAGGAAAGCUUUGCUCUGCCUGCAGUUUAACUUUGCUCUGCACAAUUCGCACUUUUACUUUGCUAUGCUUUCACAUCUGAUCUGCACACACUUUUACUCAACUUAUUGUUAGAACAACUUACACUAGAAUGCUCGUACAUAUAUAUAUUCUCAAACUGUUAUUGUAAAAUACAAUACUUCUGGAACAUCUAUUCUUCUUGAUUUGCAAAAUAUGAUACUCAUUGUUAAUGCAAUAAAAAUGUUCGUGAAUUUUGUCCAAAA